GCCCACGGCCUUGAAAAACCUGCCCCUCAUUUCAAACCCACCAAUUCCAUCUGAACCCCUAAAGAAAAAUCCAUCUGAAGAAAAUUAGCAUCACCUAGCCGCCGCCGCCGGGGAACAUGGCCGCGCGGCGGUAUACCGAGCACGAGGAGGCGCUCGAGAUCAAGUCCCUUCGGCGCAUCAUCGCCGCCUACAUCAACUAUCAAGAUGCAGCAGAGAAAGAUGUCAAGAGAUAUGAACGUUCAUUCAAAAAGCUUUCUCCUGCCCACAAGGAACUUCUGUUUCACCUUGGUCUUAAGUACCAACGAUUGAGAUGGUGUAUAUCCAUGAAUACAUCUUUUAUCAUGAAUAUGCUUGAGGCAUUUGAACCUCCUUUCGACAUGAGUCAGUGUGUAGAUGGUGAUUGUCAUGAUUGUGCAGAGCACAUGCACGGGCAUAGUCAUGCUGAUACCAUAAAUAAUUCCGAAUUGCUUGCUCAGCAUUGUUGCCCAGAGGAAGGUGCAAAUACUAGAGAAACUGAGAACAAGAAGGAUGAGGAAGUCCACAUGGUGGGUUCCUCCCAGCCUGCUGCCUGCAAUUUGGGGAUAUCCCAAGGUGAAGAUAAAUCAUGUAAUGAUGGUAAAGAUGCGAGUGCAGCUGCUAACUGUCAAGAUACAGAUUGCUUUGCAUCUUCUACUGAUGAAAAUGAGGCUGUAUUGCAAAAAUAUGCCUGGCAAAGAGUAAACCAGAUAACUCCAGGGCACCGCAGGGCUCCAUCUUUGCCACUGGAUGUUCCUCCAGUUGAUGUUGACAAAGUAAGAUGUAUCAUAAGAAAUAUUGUGAGAGAUUGGGCCCAGGAGGGUCAAAUUGAACGUGAUGAGUGCUAUAAACCAAUUCUUGAGGAACUUAAUCGUCUUUUUCCUGACCGAAGCAGGCCACCUUCAUGUUUAGUCCCUGGUGCUGGGCUUGGGAGAUUGGCUCUGGAGAUCUCUUCUCUGGGUUUUGUAAGCCAGGGAAAUGAGUUCUCAUAUUACAUGAUGAUCUGUUCAAGUUUCAUUCUAAACCACACCCAAGAGGCCAAUGAAUGGACCAUUUAUCCUUGGAUACACAACAAUUGCAAUUCUCUUUCAGACAAAGAUCAACUUCGGGCUGUUUCAUUUCCUGAUAUUCAUCCCUCAAGUGCUGGGAUAACCGAAGGAUUUUCGAUGUGUGCUGGAGAUUUUGUAGAGGUCUACAAUGAGGAAAGCCAAGAAUCUGCAUGGGAUGCUGUUGUAACUUGCUUCUUCCUCGAUACGGCACACAAUAUUGUUGAAUAUAUUGAGAUAAUAUCAAAAAUUCUCAAAGAUGGUGGAGUCUGGGUAAACAUGGGUCCGCUUCUUUAUCACUUUGCUGAUGCCUAUGGACCAGAUGAUGAUAUGUCUAUCGAACUAAGUUUGGAAGACGUGAAAAGGGUAGCUUACCAUUAUGGAUUUGUGAUGGAGGUGGAGAAAAUGAUAGAUACCACUUACACAGCAAAUAUGGUAUCGAUGAUGCAGAAUCGAUACCGCGCGGCAUUUUGGACGAUGAGGAAGGAUGCGUCUCGGUCGAAAGCUAAAAAGCGGCAGUGAGGCGAAGAUCCCCCGUUUGGUGUGAAAUUCGCGUCAAAGUUGUUAGAAAUUUAGAAAAGAGUGAUUUGGGUCGGUCCCAUUGGUGAUGUUUAUCCUGGGACAAACGAGGAUGAUGUGUUUGGUGCCGCCAUUGUCGCACCAUGAUAUACUAGUGUUGAUACUUGGACCUCAGAGCGAAACUGUGCUGUGAAUCCUGUGAUAUAAUUUGCUUGGCGUCACUUCACUUCUA